UUCAUCCACAGCCCUUUAAGAGGAAACCAAGGGAACUGGGGGAAACGAAGAAAACCAAGAAAAUCAAUGGCAGGUGAUUGACUUCGCGGUGUUCUCGUGUUCUCCCCGCAUUCGUACUCUGCCCGCAUUCUUUUUGCUGGAUAGCAUAGAUACGUGGACACACGUGGCAGCAUGAACAACGAAGGCGAAAGUGCCGACUCUUCAUCGGAACCCCCGUCUUCCGACACACCGCCUCCCGCAAAACCCGAUGCCUAUCACUGGGAUCCCAUCGCUCAUUUGUGCGAGGUUUCAUCUCCCCAGUGCCUCCUGAGGACCAAAAGAGAUGUCAUGGACAUCUACUCAGAACCACCUCCUGGAGUUUUUAUCGCACCUGAUGAACGAAAUAUCACAAAGAUCCACGCGCUGGUGACGGGCCCCUUUGACACGCCCUACGAGGGGGGCUUCUUCUACUUCCUGCUCAAGUGCCCCUCGGACUACCCGAUCCAGCCACCGCGGGUGCGCUUCAUGACCACGGAUUACGGGAGCGUGCGCUUCAACCCCAACCUCUACCGCAACGGCAAGGUGUGCCUCAGCAUACUCGGGACAUGGACCGGGCCGGCAUGGAGCCCAGCCCAGAGUUUGGCCAGCGUGCUGAUCUCCAUACAGUCGCUGCUAAACGAGAACCCCUACUACAACGAGCCUGGCUACGACCAGGAGCGUAACCCGGGGGAUUCCAGCCGGUACAACGACAUCAUUCAGCAUGAGACCAUCAGGGUGGCUGUCUGCAGCAUGGUUGAGGCCUGUCUUUCAGGCAACACGGACUGUCCACCCCCGCUCAGGGACGUGGUGGAGAAGUCCUUCCAAGAAUUUUACGACGCGUAUGAGGCAAUCGUAAAAAAGAAGAUGCAUCUGUCAGGAACACAGAUGGCCGACCCGUUCGGAGAGCCCCGGGGCAUCUUCCAGUACAGCACACUGUUGACGCGCCUGCAGUCCCUGAGAGAGCGGAUCAACCAGAAGCACCAGGCCGCGGUUGCCGAGCACUCUUGAGACUCUGCCAGAGGCCACGCCUCCCCCGUCCGUUGUCCGUGCACCCCGACCCGUCCUCGUGCGGUCUGCCUGACCCCGCGGUUCCCCUGCCGUUCUUCUUUCCUAUUUUCCUUUUUGUGGAACUGUGCCUUUGUGAAGGAACUGCCAAAGGAAGUUGGACAUGGUUCCAGCACAGAGAGAAAAAGGACAGAAUUUUGUGUUGUCGUUGCCCAGUACGUGAAGAGCUCGCUUCUCCUCCGUGGAGCGGGCUCAACGAGAGGGACCGACCAAGGCUAGUUUAUGCGGCUAGAAAGUGUUUGUGCACGUGUAUCGCCCUUGGGUGUUCCAUUUUUAGCAACUUGUUUUUUCUCCCCUCCUGUCCAUUCAGAGCUGUCGUGGUCUUCGUCGUUUAGACUGGAGACAAUGUAUGUCUGGGUAUAUGUGGUUGUUAUGGCUGGGUGCAUACUCUAGGCUCUGUUUGCAACGUGUUGGAAGCAAGUAUGUGUGCGUGCAGACGUUUGGAGAUGUAAAGUGGUUACCGUGCAUGUUGUUAGGAAUGUUUUUUUGCGUGAUUGAAUGCCUCAUCAAGGAAUACGAGUCAUACAAUUCGAGGGAUAGUGGCUUUCCAGGUACGUCACCUGGGGGUUGCUGCUGUUCAGUCGUUGGCAAUUGAAAUGGCGUUGGAAGAAACCAAAGUGAAAGGUAUCAUUUGUUUUCUUCCGCCAGCGACAUCCUCGAGUGUAUGAAGCACACCUAUGUUGCACUUCAGUAUUGUAUCAAUGGAUAUCUGUGGGUAUCUAUGGAUUAGAGGCUAUAUGAAUGAAUGUCAGCAAUAGUUAUCAUUAUAUGUGCCCCUUCUUCAUUCAUCAUUUGGUGACUGCAGUUAAACGUUCUAUCACUUUUUUUAUGUUCCAUAGUUUUGGCUGCUAGGUGCUUUAAGAGCUUAGCAUAGUCAUGGACACUGUGUCUGCUACGAUAUCUGUCUUUGGCACUGAACUGCUUUAUUGUUACAUCAUGAAACUAGAGUUGUACUAGUUUCAUUUAUUUUGUGACUGCAAAGUAACAUGCUUACUGGUCAAAGUGCGAAACUGAAAGGUUAGGAAAAGUGACUGAAAAGUAGCCUUGCUGCUUUGCAGUGGUUUAUAUAAUAAUUUGAGUCGAGAAGACUAGACUUCAGCUUAGGGGUCAGCCAGUGUGAUAUGAAAAGCCUACAAGUUGCAUUUAAUGUUUGUUAACUGUUAUUAGCACUCGACGGAAUACAUCUUAAUAUAAGGAAUGCUGACUUCAUGGAGAGGCAAUGGUAAUCGACAUUUAGUCCUACAUGUGCAUACCGCCACGACAGGUUUUUAUUGAAUUAAUCAGCUCGGCCUCCACACCUACCCGAUCUCACUUUCACAAACCCCUUGGGGUAAAAGUUUAUACUUCCGCGUUAAGCUGUUCACGGAGCACUGAGAAACUUGGGUGCAAGGGGUAGCCCCGCAAAAUGCUGUUUACAUGAAAAUAUUUGCGAAGAACCCAUAUACUUGCUCCCCUGUUCCUCACUGUUCACAGAAGUUCUGGUCUCUUGAUGGCAAUUAGUCCGUUUCUGCUUACCUUUUCUGUUCCAAUCAUUUACUAAGAUGCCCCCGGGCAGGUGGACUUUGGGUGUCGGUUGACCCAAGCUGCGAUUGCUGGGAGACCUACAAACACGGCAGAGAGAUGGCUAGCAAUGCAUUGCUUAGUUCUGUGUGUAUGGUUGGGCGUGAGCAUCAUCUUGCGCAUUUUCUGAAGUGGCGCCGAAUGACUUUAAAGAAAGGAGAACUUAUGCAGCAACAGUCUGCAUUUCCUUUGGGUUGCCUCAAAUAAAGUGUUAUGGAUCGAG